AUUGUCACGAACUCGCAAGAGACCUACAAAGAAAUCACGGCCAUAACGGACUCCUGGCCUCCGGAAUAUCGCCGACGGCUGGUCUUCGGCGUCCGCAGAGAAGUGUACUAUCCGCCUGCCCUGUCCGGGAUGCAAGACAUGUUCUGCUGGUGCUGCACCGAAAGACUCUUCCUGCCCGACGUUCUCCCGGACGUCGAUUCUGUCAUCUUCGUCGACACGGACACGAUCUUCAUGCAGCCUCCAGAGGAUCUGUUUCAGAACUUCGGAUUCUUCGACGACCGCCAGGUCGCCGGAGUCACGCCCUGUCUCUACAUGUACGAUGAGCCAUGGAGGAAGAGAAUUCCGAGCUUCGGCUUCUCGGGCCUCAAUGCAGGGGUCCUCCUGCUCAACUUGACCCGCCUGAGAAGCUUUCCAGGAGGAUGGGUUCCGACGAUCAAAAGGACCGUCGCCAAGUACAAAAACGCCCUACGGCUUGCAGAUCAGGACAUCCUCAACAUCAUUUUUAGCGGGAGGAAGGCACCGUUAGCAUAUGAAGUCGGCUGUGAAUGGAACUACCGCCAGAAGGUGUGUUCGCUGGACAGGAACAGAUGCCCCAAUGCCGCUGCUAAAGGGGUUGCCCUCCUCCACGGCUGCGACACUACCUUCGUCAAAAACAACGAACCCAAGAUCAGAGCGGUUUUCGAAGCAUGGGAAAAGUACGACCUUCGAUCGUCGCCAGGGGAGCUGCUGUCUCUCAUGGAGGAGGGACUGCGGAAGGUAAACAGAUCUGCAGGAGGAUGUGCAACUCUCUCCAACAUAGACGACAUUCUGAUGAAAGGACUCAGGAGACACCUGGUGGUGGCUUAACGAAGUUGCUGAUGUAAGCAUUUAGAGAUUUUAUCUUUGUGAGAUCGUGAUCGUGGAUAAACUAGUCUUUGCUGUAAUUCAAUAGUUUUAUCUCACUUCUGAGCAACUGCUCGCCGACAUGCAUU